AUGCUCUUCAAACCUGCUUUCACCACCAUCUGCCUCGCCCUCCUCGCGUCAGCCAGCCCCGCGCCCCAGGGCUGGUCCAUCCUACGCCGCGCCGACCCGAACACGCUCGUGCCCCUGCGGUUCUCCCUCGCGCAGCGCAACCUCGACCGGCUCGACGCCUUUCUCCUCGACGUCGCCGACCCCGCGUCGCCGAACUAUGGCAAGCACUGGUCCCCCGAGAAGGUCGCCUCGACGUUCCGCCCGUCCCAGCACGCCGUCGACGCCGUCCGCACCUGGCUCGCCGUCGAGAACGGCAUCGCUCGCGACAGGGUGGCCGUCACCAGGCACGGCGGGACCGUCGCGCUCCUCGCCACGGUCGCGGAGGCGGAGCGGCUCCUCGGUGCGGACUUCCACGUCUACCGCCGCGCCGCGGGCGGGGCGGAACGCGUGGGCUGCCACGACGCGCACCGGCUCCCCAGACACGUCGCGGAGCACAUCGACUUCGUGCACCCUACGGUUCCCACUAUGGCUGGGACCGGGGGCUUGUCUUCCUCGGCUCGCUCCAAGAGGGCUCCCGAUUCCGCUUCCGGGCACCUUGGCACACAGCUGACGACGGCCGCGGACACCAACACCACGGCCGAAUGCGACGAGAGCGUGAGUCCCGACUGCAUCCGCGAGCUCUACGACUUCAACUACACGCUCGUCGCGAGCGACAAGAACAGCGCUGCGGUUUUCGGACGCCAGAUGGAGUUCUUCAUCGACAGCGACCUCGACGAGUGGUUCGCGCUGUGGGCGCCGGAGGAGGUCGGGGCGCGGCCAAACGUGAUCAGCGUCCAGGGCGGCGACAACUCCCCGGGCGAUUUCGGGACCGCAGAGGCGGAGACCGACCUUGAAAUGAUGAUGAGCCUCCUCGAUACUUCGCUCACCGUGGGCAUCUACCAAGUCAAACAGACCAACGACGUGCAGGAUCCAAUCGAUGUCUUCCUGGCCGCCCUCGACGGCUCCUUCUGCGACGUGGAGGGUGUGAAGGAGACAAACAUCACCGACUGCGGAGGCGCGCCGCGUUCCAACGUCGUUUCCAUCUCGUACUCCCUCAACCCCGACAUCCAACACCCGCUGAUCACUCCCGUGCUUGAGCGACAGUGCGCAGAAUUCGGCAAGCUGAGCCUGACAGGCAUGACGUUCCUCGCCUCCUCCGGGGACUCAGGCGUGGCGUGGGGCGGCGCGAGCCUCAACCUCGGCGUGUUCGAGCAAGGCUGCCUUGCGUCCAACGGCACGCUCGUCGACGACGACCCCCCGGACUCGUCCUUCGUCGGCACCUUCCCCGCGUCGUGUCCGUACAUCACCGCCGUCGGCGGCACCGCGAUUCCCUUCGGAAGCUCCACGCAGGACCCCGAAGUCGCGUCGCUGUUGUUUCCCUCCGGGGGCGGCUUCUCGAACACGUUCGCGCGUCCGGCGUGGCAGGACGGCGCGGUCGCCGCCUACCUCGACGGCCGCGCCGCGCCCGCGUACCCCCCGGGCACGUUCAACCGCUCCGGGCGCGCGUUCCCGGACGUCUCCGCCAACGCCGGACCGACUCCGAGUCGGGACCCCAGCUCAGUCGGCCAGUUCAUCGGCACCUCCGUCUCCGCGCCGCUCGUCGCCGCGCUCGUCGUCGCCGCGAACGACGCGCGGCUCGCGCUCGACAAGGGCCCCGUCGGGUUCAUCAACCCCGCCCUCUACUCGCCCGCCUUCGCCCGCGCGUUCCACGAUGUCGUCUCGGGCGCGAACUCUGGCUGCGGCACCGAUGGCUUCGCGGCCGCACCCGGCUGGGACCCGGUCACCGGCCUGGGCACGCCCGACUUCCCGACGCUGCUCGCCGCGUUCGUAGCCCUCCCGUGA